AAUCCACCCCGGCACAGAGGCGGGGGAUUAAAUGUACAUGAGCGUUCAAAGUGUAGGGACUAAUGUCAAACCGAAGCAGGUAGUAAGCAUCAAAAGCAUAUUAUAAUCUUCGAUUAGUUGAAAUAUGAGAAUCUCGGAGCGGAUUUGAGUCACCUCCCAUUCUCUGUCUCUAAGAAGGUGUUUGGAUACCCCUUGCCGCAGACCUGAGAGUUGGUCUGGUCUUCGGGGUUAUCAAUCACUCCCGGCGGGAGCCGUUUAGCUGCAGUUGGGCGUCUGUCGGCGGUGACUUCACACUUAAACACUUAUCUGAAACAGCAAAUCCUUUUUUUCACCUUCUUCCCCGAUGCCGCUUUAAUGCACAUACAUAUCUUAAAGAAUGUUGGUGAAAUUGUCUUCUGCCUCAGUUUAGAGCACAGAUUACAGUUUUCUCCUUACUCGAGUUUCCAGGACUGUGAAAAGGUUUUCUCUUCUUUCAAAAAAAAGUACUAAGUAUCCAUUUAUGAACUGGAGAGUUUACCUGUGGGAGCGAUGUCGCGGUCCUUGAUAAAAAGUGCCUUUUCUGGAGUCUGUGUUACUUGGAUCUGCUUUUAGGUCUGUCUGCUCUGCUGAGAUUUGUUUGCUGCCAAUUAAAUAAAUGUCUGGCCUACCGUGCAACUGAAGACGGAAAACGCCUCUGCUGCAUCUUCAGCUGCUUGUCUCCUUUUCAACUGUCCGUAACAUCAAAACUGGAGCGAACUGAUACACGAGGAGCUAAACCAACAUACAAAGAGCGGAGUGCACUGACGACAGUAAAAUCACUAACUGGUAGAGACUUGAGAAUGAUUAGUAUUAAUCAUUUUGCAUCAAAAUAACUUUUUAAUAAAAGCAACAAAGUGCUGCAUUGGCAAACGUAAAAUAUAAAACAGCCAGACGUGCCGCCAACAAGAAGAGGUGAAAAUCCUGUGUCGGAAGGCCGCAAGUCCCAGUCGGUGACCGAUCAUUUGCUGACUAAUUGUCUGUUUUAAUGUUGACUAGCAGCCAGAAAAGCAACUCCAGCAGCAUUUUAUGAAGUAAUCUGCUUUUAUGAUCAUUAAAAAUCAUUCGUAUAUUUUAAGGAAAGAGAGCUAUAUUUUUGAUUUUAUUUCUAAUAACUGCUGCCUUCUUUACCUAAGAAUCCUGAUAUUGAGCUGUUCUGAACCACGUUUCACUUCAACGAUUUAUUAUGGCUGUAAAUGUUACUCCAGUACGUGAUACAAAAUGGCUGACAUUAGAAGUGUGCAGACAGUUUCAGAGAGGGACAUGUUCACGUUCAGACCAGGAAUGCAAGUUUGCACACCCACCAAAAAGCUGUCAGGUUGAAAAUGGGCGAGUUAUUGCAUGCUUUGAUUCCCUUAAGGGCCGUUGCACAAGAGAAAACUGCAAGUAUCUUCAUCCACCAAUGCAUUUAAAAACACAGUUAGAAAUUAAUGGCCGGAACAAUCUCAUACAACAGAAAACAACUGCAGCCAUGCUGGCACAACAGAUGCAGUUUAUGAUGCCAGGUGCUCAAAUUCAACCAGUUCCCACAUUUCCAGUGAAUCCUGGCACGGGAGUAAAUCAUCAUCCUUUUAGUUUUAGCCCUUUUCUGGCACCUGUGCCUCACAGUGUCGGAUUAGUUCCAACAGAAGUUCUCUCUAGUGCCCCUGUACUUGUCCCUGGAAGCCCACCUAUUUCAGUUGCUGGAUCAGGAAAUAUGCCGAAGCACAUGAGGACAGAUCGAUUAGAGGUGUGCAGAGAGUUUCAGCGAGGGAAUUGCACACGGGGUGAGACCGACUGCCGUUUUGCUCACCCUGCAGAUAGCACAAUGGUGGACACCAAUGACAACACUGUAACUGUCUGUAUGGAUUAUAUCAAAGGUCGUUGCUCAAGAGAGAAGUGUAAAUACUUCCAUCCUCCUGCGCAUUUACAAGCCAAAAUUAAGGCUGCUCAGCACCAGGCCAACCAGGCUGUGGCAGUGGCUCAGGCAGCUGCUGCAGCAGCGACAGCAAUGACUCAGUCGGCUGCCAAAUCUGUGAAACGACCCCUCGAGGCAACCUUUGACCUGGCCUUUCCACCUGGUGUCCUUCACCAUUUACCAAAGAGACCAGCCCUUGAAAAGAGCAAUGGCACCAGCACAAUCUUUAAUCCUAGUGUUUUGCACUACCAACAGGCUCUAGCCAAUGCACAAAUGCAGCAACCAACAUUUUUUCCAACAGGGUCGGUGUUUUGCAUGACUCCUCCAGCUACAACUGUUGGUCAUACUGAAAUAGUGAACCAGAAGCAGCUGAAUGCUCAAGACAUCUCUAUGGAAACUCAUGAACAGGCUUAUUGUAAAUACUACCCUCUUCCCUCCCCACCUGCAUCUAUAUUAGGCUUACCACAGCCAGCAUGCUAACCAAAUUGAGAAAAUCUAUUUAGAUUAAGCAAGAAUACAAAAUCAUGACAGGAAAUGCAUCAUAAAUUUAUGGAUGUAGAUGUGUUCAGACACAUUAAUAUUCAUAUAUACUGUAAAUAACCCUAGCACUAUAACAAAUGUUACAAUCAAAGAAAAUAGUAUAUCUGCUUUCUGAUGUCUCAUUUUGUGGAGAUGUUUCACCAUUACAUUCUAUAAAGAGUGUGAUAUGGUUAUAUUGUUAAUCUGUUAUGAGAUCAUUGUAUACAAAAAAGACAGCACCUGCAUGGUUGGAAGAAUCCUCACACAUUAGAGACAAUAAUGCCCCGUAAAAAAUGGAUUCCAUUUUGAAAAUUAGUGUACAAAAUGAGUUUCUAAUUUUUCAGUAGCAACCUAAUCAAAUCAGUGGGGAAAAAAAUGAUUGAGCGAUCAACACUUUUUUUAAACAGAACAAACAUGAGCAGUGACUUUUAAUAAACAACAAUAAUAUUUCUAAGUGAACACAAUGGGUGUAAACUUCAUAUUAAUCUGAAACAUUGCACAGACGUAAUUUGACUUAUCAAGGUUUGUUGUCUUUGGAUUGUUUAUGCCUUUGUUGCCCGACAAGCAAAACAGAAAGGAUUUCCUUCUUCCCAACGUAAUGCAGUAAGGUUGAAUUGUUUAUUUCUACAUUGGCAUCAGAAGAUGGAGGAUCCUUUAGUUUGUAAAGGCAACUUAUUUCCAAGUAUGAUGAAUUACAUCUAACUCUGAAAUCAAGUUCUUGACACUGAUCGUUAUGAAAGAGAAUUAGAAAUGUGGAACUGCAGAGAAUGUAGCUUGCUACAAAGUCAGACAAGAUUACUUGCGGAUACAAAGUUUGUCUGUUUUACUGCAGCUACAGUUCUGCUUGCUCAAGGUGUCCACUGUGUUAAAAAGAUUCUUCUGACUCUGAAAGGUGCACCAUAUUAUAAAUUCAUUUAUAAUCCAGAACAUGAUAUAUGUAACAGUGCCUAAAAAAAAGAGGGACAAUUAUUCACGAUUAUGUGCGAAGUGUAAGUUGUACCAAAACACUGUUUUGUGUGUUUUCUCAUGUUAGUAAAGCAGACAAUUUAGCUGGCAAAAUUUGAUGAAAAUCUAGGUGGAGUAUAUGAUGAGAGGAAAAAUUAACUUUUUUAAAAAGAAAUAUUCUUUUUGUAACAAAAAGGCUCUUCCCAAAUAAAAUUGCACCCUAAUUUCACUAUUGACGUUUUACCGGCGACAGUGCAAAGGUGGGGGCUGGUAAUUUUAUUUUUUCUUUAAGCCAAAUUAUAUCCUAAGACUGUAAAUCUUACCAAAAUUAUUGUCUUUGUUUUACAAGUCACAGUAAUCCAAUAGUGACUCUAAUAUAAAGUUUAGAAGAGACAUCAGAUACAACAGAGCAAAAUUAGUCUGUAAUGUCUAAAAAUUAAAUGCAGAAAAUACACAACGACUGUAGUAUAUGUUUGAAUUCUGUCAUUAAGUUUAUUUUAGUGCCAGUACAGCAAUCACCACAAUAAAGUCAGCAUGCAGCAGAUACAAAAAUAAAAAUAAGAGCUUUUUUAUAUUUUUAAUUCUACCUUAUAUUUAAAGAAUUAUUGUUUCAAGACUUAGUAAACAUUUUAGCUAGAUCCAUCCAGCGUAAUGAUUAGAGAUUAAUAGCUUGAUCAAAAUCCUUACUGUGUUGAAAGUAUAUACCAUUUUCAUAAUAGCUUUAUCUUUUUAUAAUAUUGGUUUUCUGAUAGGUAUGUUUAUGAUUUUGUAAUAGAACUGGUCCUAAAGAUAAUGUGUAGUCUUGUUUUUCUUCCAUUGUUAAACUUUUCUCUUAUUGAGGGUUAGUAGUCAGUUUUUAAUCCUAUACUUAUAUAGACAUGGAGUUCAAUUAAUACAAGUCAACUGAAAUUAUGGUAAUACAGUGAUAAGAUACACCAUUAACAUAUCGGAAAUUAUAUCACAAUGAGACUUUCAAACGCCAACACACAUGCCCAUUGUGAUUAGUUCGAUAGCUGUUACGUCAUAAUAAAUUUCUUGGGUGUGUGUUUAUUUUUGAAGCUCUGUUUCUGUUUUCCAAGCAUACUUAUUCAACAAUAUUAUGUUUUAUCUAUAAUGCAGCAGCACAGUACUUUUCAUCAAAGUUAUGAUGUAAUAGCAAUAAUUUCUGCUAUGAAAUAGUGUACUUGGCUUAAAAGUUUGUUGCACUAUAGUGAAAAUGGCUCACUUUUUGGCCACAGCACUUAUCCAGCGCACUUAGUUUUUUGUAAGGCUUCAUAAUCCAUCUCAUAACAAAUUUUAUUGUCUAAUUAGAAUUUUACAUUGUAUAAGUUGAACUUAAUUUGAAAUGAUUGUAUGUCACAAUAAAAGCAUGAACUUUGAAUAACAUUAUAGUUUUUUUUGGUUUUAAGAAUAGAUGAAUUUGUAUGUUUUUACAUCAGUUUUCCAACUGACAACAUGGGCCAUUUGACCUGCAGACAUUGGCUUUGUGACAUCUGUGUACUGUCGGAUGGUAAAAUAUUGAUACUGUUUGAAUAUUUUCAAAAAGGUGCAUCCAAGGAACAUUUUGCUUUAGUGUUCUCAAAACCAAAAGGGUUUGUUGUUUCUGAAGUGUUAUGACUGUCUCAGUUAGCAUGCAGCUAAAAUAUUUGAUCCUGGUGAUGUACAAAUAUGGAUAACAUAUCUUGUUGCACUUAUGUACAUAGUAAAUAUGUAAUAAAGCUGUCUUUAUAUUGUAAAAUGAGCAGCAGAGGUUUUUAAAUAAAAACUAAAUACUCUGUUCAAAGCGUUCUCAUGAGAGAGGCAGUUGUGUGUGAAUUGUAACUGUUUACUGAAAUAUAAUAUAUUUCCUAUUGGAAUACUUAGCAGUUAACACUUAAACUGUAUUUUUAAAAGCUAUAUAUGAAAAUUGUAUGCUGCAAUUUCUGUUCAGAAAUGAACUCUCAAGCCUCCAUUGGGGUGUACUAACAAUAUUUAAUCUCUCAUGCUUGUAGCUUUGAGCAAAAAUAAAAUAUUCAAACCAUAUCAUAAAAGCUUGACAGUCAAACAGCAUCCCUCCCUGGAACAGAACAUUUUAGCCAAACUAAAAGCAAUUUGUGUCCCCUUUUAACUCUACCUUAUUUGCAACUUACUGGAUUGUAAUAUCAAAAAUUAUCUAAUGCCACACUAAAGAUUCAUGGAUGUUUGUAAUCAAUAUUAUGUAAUUUCUCUGUUUAUUUCACUGAUCAUAAAAUGAUCCAUAGUGUGUUAGGUUGGAAAUAAUCACUUAAGCUCUUUUGGCAAAUGCCUGGCAAGUGUUCAGAUCAGUACUUCACAAAACCAAUUUGAACUGUACUUGUGACUCCAGCCAAAUAACUUCUCUCGCCGUGAUGUUUGAAUCUUAGCAGUUGAAGAAUGUAAUAGCUGCACACUCACAGGCUGCAGUCUGCGAGCACACAGGCAUAUAUGGAGCACAGUGAUAAUUGUGCCACAGGCUUUAGUAAUCUGUCACUUUGCAAUGAAAUUAUUUGUCUGUAUACAACUUGUCCAUUUCUCGGAUGUACCAGACUGACUGACUGACUUUUCACUGUAAUACUGCCAGAUUAUCCUGUUUAUGCUUCAGUUAUGUCAUAUAUUGAAUGAGAUUCACUGUUAUGUUUUUGAAAAUACAUCUAUUUGUUUUAUGACCAUUGAGGGGAAAAUAAAGAAUUAUUUGGGGAAAAAAAA